CCCUGCGUCCAAGAACCCUCCAGCCUAAAUAGAAGCCGAGAACAGAAAAAACCACCACAGCAAAAUCCAUGGCAACACGGACCUCCAAGAAGAAGAAGGAUUAAACCCUAACGCUGAAAACAAGUCGAAGAUGGAGAGAAUCAUUAGACCCAGAACAAACAUCGAUCUACCAGAAGAAAUACUCCACCAUAUAUUCUCUUUCCUCCCAAUCAAAACCCUCGCACAGACCACCGUUCUCUCCAAACACUGGAACCAACCAUGCCUGUGGCCUUCCCACCCUCAUCUCUACUUCCCCUGUCUCACUCCCGAUUCCGUGGAAUUGAUACGCACUGUGUUGUCUCGCCGUCAAACGGACUCCAAUAUUACCACCUUUCGCCUCUCCGGUUAUGUAACUGCCUCUUGCUUGCCCGAUUGCAUCGACCAAGUAAUGAAGCACGGAAUCGAACAGAUUGAGCUCGACGUUAGAUUAGACCUUUCCUUUACUCUUCCUCCGUGUUUGUUCGGCUGCAAAACUCUCAAGGUUCUCAUAUUGAAUUGCCAAAAUAAGGUACAAAAUAAUUGCCUUGAGGCGGAUACUUGUUUCAAGUAUCUUACUUCAGCAGGCCUUCCGUCGGUCCACACCUUGUCUCUAACUAAUGUAUACUUUUUAAGGGGUUGGGAUUUUUUUUCUGGGAAAAACUUCCCUCUCCUUAGGAAACUGUGCUUGAAAAAUUGUAGAGGACUUACUAGUCUUCAUAUCAAAUGCCCGGGCCUAGAAAUUUUAGAACUUGAGCGUUUGUGGCUAAUUUGUUUGGAUUUUUCUGGCAUUGGGUUACUGGAAUUACGAGUCACAAAGUGCUUCCGAGGUCUCAGUUGUUGGGCAAAUAUUCUGGCCCCAAGUCUCCAGAGUUUAUAUUGGGAAGGCAAAGUUUCUCUGGAUUUUAGAGUAGAAAGCUUCAGAGACCUCAAAACAUUCUCCCUUUGGUUUUACUACAAAGUACCAAAUAGAGCAACAUUGCAGAGUGUAUCCACCUUACUGUCGGCAAUCUGUUUUGUAAGAUCUAUGAUGUUUGUCAGAAGUGGAAGCCGAGUUCUUGAGACUUUGGCAAAAAUAGAAUCUGAAGGUGGUCUUCCAUGUUCUUUCAAUAACCUCAUAACCUUGGAGCUCCAUACUAAGAUGACCAAAGAUGAAAUCACAGGGAUAAUAUGCUUGCUUAGAAGCUCUCCAAUACUCCGGACCAUCACCAUCACCAUAACUGCAAAUAGUUGUUCCCACAUUGGAAAUGAGAAGUGGAAUGAAAAACAAUACUGGAUAUCUCAAAUUCCAAAACUCAAGUCAAUCGAGUUUCAUCUGAAGGUUGCAAGGAGUAAUGUGCGAGGUAGUAAGAUGCAUAAGAGUGUAGUCUAGUUAGUGAAAUUAUUGCUUGGGCAUGGAAGAGCGUUUUCGGAAAUGACCCAAUUUUAAAGAGCAAACGGGUUGUUCCUCCUCUCUGGCGAUUAAUGAUUCGUUUUGAGAUAGUGAAGUUUGCACGGUCAUCUUAUAAUGUUAUAAUUUCUUUUCUUUCGUAGGACCCCUUAAUUGAGGGAGACGCUUUUAUUAUAAGUUCUUUGGCAACGACUUGUAGGAUGGUUUAUUUUA